AUGCCGCAUGCAGGAGCUCAUAGAAAAAAGAUCGGGGCCGGGAUCCAGAUGACGCCGAAUGUAUCGUUUCUGCUGCAGAAAUGGGGCGUUGCGGAUGUGAUAGGAGACAACUUGGUUCAAAUAGAAGAACUGAAUAUGCGCCGCAAAGAUGGCACUCUUGUCGGACAUACCGAAAUACCAAUUGUCGAAAGAGCAUUGGGCAGACCGUGGUGGCUUGUUCAUCGUGCUCAUCUCCACCAAGGUCUCGCGGCCGUGGCCAAGCGUCUGGGAGCAGCGAUUCAUAUUAACAGUCGCGUCAUCUCACUUGACUAUCAGGAGAAGGGUGAAGUCACGGUCGAAACACAAAAAGGGGAUAAAUAUCAUUUCGACCUCUGCGUGGGUGCUGAUGGCAUAAACAGCAUUGUCCGAAGUACGCUGUUUCCGAACAUAAAGCCGGACGCCAAAACUACCAACUGUGCUUACCGGGCGAUUAUACCGUAUGACCGUAUCCGGCAGGACCCAAUUGCAAAGGAGCUCAUUCAAAAGUUGACGAUGGAGGUCUGGAUGGGACAUAAUGCCUAUAUUAUCACUUAUCCCAUCAGUGGGGGCGAAACAUUCAACCUGGUGCUCUCGCAUCAUCGUCCGGAGAAGGUCUAUAGUACCCAACCGGAUGUUCCUGUCGAGGAAAUGCGGGAUGUAUACAAAGACUUCGAUCCUCGGAUUAAACGCAUUGUCGAUAUGAUCACCGAGACUUCACGCUGGCCGCUAUUGGUGACCGGGCCCUUGCAAUCAUGGUCCUCCCCACACAAGAAUGUGGUUUUGAUGGGGGAUGCAGCGCACUCAAUGGUAAACCAUAUGGCGCAAGGGGCUGCUACAUCCAUGGAAGACGGAGCUUUCCUCGCAAAGUGCGUCGGGGCAGUUACUCGUGGAAAGCUGAGUCUUCACGAAGCCAUCAAUAUAUACGAGCUCGAGCGGAUGCCAAAAGCCUUCAUGAAACAACAGGUCUCUUUUCUGAAUGGUGCCAUCUGGCACUUACCGGAUGGCCCUAAGCAACAGGCUCGCGAUGCGGCAAUGGCACCGUCGCUUGAAGGGAAAUAUUUGGUUCGCAGCAGCAAUCUCUACGACGACCCUCAGACGGUGCUGGAUGUAUAUGGAUAUGACGUUGAAGCGCAUGCAGAACAGGCGCUAGCGCGGUUUGCCCACGGGCGCGAGGCGCUGUCGGGCUUCGACGCCUUGAUCCCCGAUGGUGUUAAGUCAAUGUAUACGAGUCACGUAAAAAAGAAGACUCGUCCCUCCGAAAGUUCAAUCACCUGCGAGUUGAAAUCUAUUAUUGAUACAAGCACAAGAGUUUUCUUCAUUAUUGAUGCACUUGAUGAACGCUCAGUUUCCGACGGCCUCGUCAGUGUUCGUCAACCAUUCCUUCACCAGCUUGUCAGUCUCAGUGUCCAAACAGGUAUUAGUACACUGGCAAUUUCUCGACCCAAAACUGAAAUUGCAGCUUACCUUCAGACUUACGUUUCUGUUGAGAUUAAACCCAGGCGCGAAGACAUCCAAUCUUACUUGGACUCACGUAUAGUUGAACUUCCAGAUUUUGUGCAGCAAAGGCCGAACCUGAAGCAGUGCAUCAAAGAUGGUAUCACGGAAGCUGUUCGUGGAAUGUUUCUUCUCGUUCGACUCUACUUCAAUUUACUCCUCGAUCAGGGAAACGAGAAGAGGUACAACGUUUACGAGCAUGCUUAUCGCGAAACCGUCAAGAUGAUUGAGCAUCAAAGUGCAGAUGUCGUAGAGCUUGCGAAGAGAACUAUAGGAUGGAUCGCGAACGCAAAAGGUCCUCUCACUGUGGCUCAGCUUGAACAUGCGCUUGCGAUUGAGAUCAGUUCUCACGAGUUCGAUUAG